AUGCUCAGCUCAUACGUAUCUGGUCGACUGCUGCGACAAGCCCACACAUCAGCGUGUACACGACAAGCACACACACUAACAGCUUGGAAACAAUACCAAUUGCAUAAUACACACACGCACACAAAGUUAGCCAGAUGUACAACUGUACGUCAUAGUUCAAGUGCCGAUGCGUCAGAUGAGAAAGCCAACGUUGACAUCUCAACCGUGUCCCCAAGAAGAUUAUCAGUCGGAGUGAUCAUAGAGAGAUACCCUAUUCUCACGCCAGACCCAGACCCUUUCGAACUGGAGUUUAACGACUACAAAGAACGCAUCGCCGAGGGACG